AUGGUGGGCACACGCCAGCACCCUGAGGAUUUUCCUCCUCCCGCUCUCUCCAGCUCCCGCUCCGAUACCCGCCAGACGGCUACGCGCAGGCAGCUGAACCAAUGGGCCCACUCUCCAUCACCUAUCGUGCAGCUUUGGCUGGUACUCUCGCUUCCAGUGGUCCUGUGGGAUACGGGUUAUGUCCUCUUGCGACCACACAGUAUGCCUGGGGGGGCCUACCACCACUUUUGGUCACCCUAUGCACUCUAUGGGACGAUUGAUUACAUUUACGGCUGGCCAGCUUUCAACUCUCGAAACGGAUUCACAUCCGCACAGGCUACUUCAAAUAUCAUCGAGACUGCAUUGUAUACGUAUUACCUUUUCCUUGUCUGGACCCAAGCCAAGCCGGUUUCCGUUGCUCGUAAUUCGGGAAAAUCAUCUAAAGGAGCAAGUGGAUGGUCUAUCUUGCAGAAAAAGUCUGUGACAGGGACAGCAGGUGCUUAUGCAUUACUGGUCAUAUUUAGCGCCAGCCUCAUGACCUUGAGCAAAACAGUACUUUACGGGCUCAACGAGAUAUACUCUGGAUUUGAUAACAUCGGACAUAAUGAUAUGUUUACCUUAGCCUUUCUAUGGAUAUUACCAAAUGGACUGUGGAUUUUAUUCCCAACUUUCGCAACUUUUCUCCACGGGAAGGAAAUCAUAAGCUCCUUGGAAACGGCUAGUGUCGAGGCUAACCCGAAGCCAAAGUCAUACUAA